AUGGCCGACGACCUCGUUUUUGCGAACGAUCCCUUUGCGAACGAAGCGCUGGACUUUGGUGACGCCGAGGAUAAGCCCAAGAAGAAGGAAAAGAAGGGCGAGACCGCGGACUCGGUGCAGGGUAAUUACAUCCACAUUCGCAUGCAACAGCGAAACGGGCGGAAAUCGCUGACGACGGUGCAAGGCUUGAACCCGAAGAUUAACCUGAAAUUGGUGGUCAAGGAGUGUAAGAAGAAGUUCAACUGCAACGGAUGCAUCGUCGAGGACUCUGAGCACGGAGACAUCGUGCAGUUGCAGGGUGAUCAACGGAAGAACAUCGCGCAAUUCUUGGUGGACGAACGGAUCAGUAAGAAGGCGCUGAUCAAGGUGCACGGGGCGAUUUAA